UGUCCUUUCACAUUAAGUGCAUAAUCAUCAGCAAGGACUGUGCUUCCUCUUCGUAAUCUUCUCAAAUUCAAAAAAACCCUUAAUCCCCUAAAUUCUCUUUCUCUUGCAGUCACUCCAGUAAUCUUUUCCGGUUCUCUGACAUGAUCGUUAUCAGGUUCUUUUUGUCUUCCUACUUCUGUUGUUUUUGCCUGUGGUAUUUUACAGAAAGGAAACUGAAGAGGGCAAAUUGAAUUCUGAAUUUAACGACAAAAUGUAUAACAUUUUCAAGGAUUUCAUGACUAGGAUCACAGAGUUUGAGGAACUAGUGGAAGUUGGGAGUAGAUUAUUAAAAGGCUUUCAGGAAGGACUGGAGUUUCUUCGACGGCCCCCAAUCGACAAGACAUCAGAGUUGAUAAAAAACAUAAUUAACAACAAUGAUACAAAGAGUGUGCGGUCAUACCUUGAAGCUGGAUGCAUAAACACUCAUGAUGGUGUGCAAAAUAUUAGCAAGUUGCAUGUAUUCCAUGUUGAACUUCACGACUAUAUAAGUAAAGGAAAAAACAUACUCAAUCAACUUAAUAACCUCAUGGACGAUGUUAUUCGUAUAUUGAAAACUACUGGGGGGAAUUUGCAACCCAAUUGGGAUAAUAACCUGGCUGAUGAGGCUCAAGAAGGAGCGAACAAGGAUGAUGAGGGAAUCACGUUGUCUGGACAUGAAAAACUUGAAGAUACUGACUUGGCAGUCCUGAUGGGCAUAAUCUUCAGCAUGUUCAAGCAAGACUACUCAAUGCAGGAAAAAAUUAUUUUAGCUCUUAGUCUGAAAUCCUCUUCAGGAGAACUAGAGAGUUACUCCCUCAUGUGGUCUCUACGCCCUUUUGUAGACGAUGAUAUUAUGCAUCAAGCAUGGCGACUUAUUCGUUAGCAUAAAGUAGUUUUGUUUCAAGAGACAUGCUAAAUACAUUUUCUUUAUUUUACAACUUCACAAGACUGUCCAAGUGAGUAAAAAGUAAACAAACAAAAUCUACUAUUACCUCUCUCUUUACAAUA